UCUUCUGCUUUUUCAAAGAUUGCUUUUUAUCGAGGUUCUUGUGAGUAUAAAUGGAGUAAAAUCUCUAUUCAUAUUUUUUCUGUUUGGAAUAAUUAAGUUCAGUUGUAACUUGGGAAGUCAUAUUUGAAUUACUUGACAAAUUUUGGUGAAGAAGAAGGGAAAACAAAAAUGGAGGUACAGGUACUAAAACAGAAGUCUCUUGAAAGAGUUGUAUCACAGAGAGCUCUGCAAAUGGGGAGUUCAUUUCCUUGUCAAAUUUGUGUGGUGGUUCUUCUCUCCGGAGUCUGCCUCACCUCUUUGUUUCUUGCUACUCUUACUUCAUUUGGUAGUUUAGAGUUUGGUGGGAUUUCAUUUUCUUCCAUUUCAAUGGGAACUCCACCUGUGAAUUCAAGUUCAGACAUGAUCAACUGCAAAUUUGAUUCACAUCGAAGUGAAAGAGAAGAUGAGGAUGAGAGAGUUUCGUUGUUGUAUUCAGCAUGGAGUGCUUUACUUACUGAUCCAGUAAUGGAAGAAAGAGAGUUUUUACAAAGAUUUGGAAUAGAAAGAUCCAGUGUGCCCAAUGCUCCUCAUUUUGAGGACUGCAAGUUGAGUGCUAGAGUAAAUACACGUCUUGAUACCCGUUCUAAGAACGGAAACUUCCCUCCAUGGACAAGCUGGAAGGGACGACUGGACAUGUAUGCAGCAUCGGAGGCCAAUGAACAAAUUCAACAAUUUAGGCAUCGUGACAUUUCGGAAGGUGUUUAUCCUCCUUGGGUAUGA